AUGGUUGUAAUUAUACCAAAAUCAGAAAAAGAAUUUACUGAUCUUUCUUAUUGGAAAAAAUUUUUUAAGCAUAAUUCUUCAUUUGAAUGGUAUGGGGAUUAUUCAAAACUUGGACAAAUUUUUGAGAAAUAUAUUAAAUCUACAGAUUUUAUUUUACAAAUUGGUUGUGGAAAUUCUUCUUUGGCUGAUGAUCUUUAUGAUAAUGGUUAUAGAAAUAUUUUGAGUAUAGAUACUGAUCAAAAUGUAAUAGAUAAACAAAAUAAAAAGAAUUUGGAAAAUAGGCCGACAUUAAAAUUUAAAAAUUGUUCUGCUUCAAAUAUUGAUUUACAAAAUUCUUCUGUAAAUGUAAUAAUUGAUAAAGGGACAUUGGAUGCUUUACUUCCCUCAAAAUAUUCAGAAAAAGAAUAUAUUUUAGUUGAUUCAAUUUUUGAGGAAAUUGAAAGAUGUUUAGCUCCAUUUGGACGUUAUAUAAUUUUAAGUUCACAAGAUCAUAUUAUUCAAAAAUUGUUAAAUUAUUUUGAUAAAAAUCAAUUUAUGAUUCGUUUUCAAAAAUGUUUUCAAUCUGGAAAAGAAUUUGUAAUGCCUGUUUUUGCUGUUAUUAUUACUAAAUUAAAAAUUCCUUUACCUCAAAAACGGAAAAUUGAAUAUUUAAAUGGACUAGAUAUACAACCAGAAUUAACUGAAACUUCAGAAAAGUUAAUAGAGAGAAUAAAAGCAGAACAACAAUUGAGUUGGUUUAAACAUUAUAUAUCAAAAGGGCCAAUUGAAGAGGCUUCUCUUAAAAUUUAUUUUUCUAAUGGAAAAGAAAGAUAUGAACUUUAUAUAAUAGAUGAUUAUAAUAUAAAGAAAUUAACUAAAUAUGGAGUUUUUAUUGUACCUUUGGGAAGAGAAAAUGAUUGGAUUUUUGUAACGACAAAAGGACGUCAAAAUCUUCGAAUGAAUUGUCAGUUGCAUAGAUUAAUUAUGAUAAAUUAUCUAUCGUUGGGGUCAACAGAUGUUAGCGAAACUUUUGAAACUGGAAAUUCUAAAAUAAAUGGGAAAUGGACUGUAGAACAUGUUAUUGCUAAUGAAUUGACAUAUCGACGUUUAAUAUUUUUAGAUAGUUCAAAUUUAGUUCAAUCAGAAGUUGAAGUAAAUAAAAUAAAAAAUAAAACAAAAGAAUGGAAAAUUAAUUGGUCAAAUCCUUUUAGCUGUGAACAUCAUAAAAAUAUGACUUUGGCUCUUAAUUUUCUUUUUGAUAAAGAGGGAAGAAGUAUUUUAUUAGAAAAUGUUUUAAAUGAAAAGUUGAGAAUUGCGGUGCUUGGAGUGGGUGGAGGAAUUAUUUUAAAAGCUUUUCAUGAUAUUUUAAUAAAUUCAAUUUUUGUUGGUGUUGAGUUAGACGAGGAAGUUAUAGAAAUUGCUUCCAAACAUUUUGAGUUCCCCAAAAAUUCAGAACGUAUAAAAAUUGUUAUUUGUGAUGCAAUUAAUUUUAUAAAAGAAUCUGCUGAACAAGGAGUAUUGGCGUUAAAUUUAGUUACUCGAGAUGAACAAACUUCUAUAGAUGUAAAGAAAACAAUAAAAUCUGUUUUUAGUUCUGUCUAUUGUGUUAGAGGAGAUGAGGAUGUUAAUGAAAUUGUUUUUUGUUCACUUUCACCUAAAAAUGAAAUUGAUGAAAUGAUUAAAGAGACAAAAAGUCGACAACUUCCUUCAAAUAUAUGCAACUGGUUAAAAGAAUAUACAGAUAGGAUAGAAAAAAUUGUUGAAUUUACAAUUUAA